AUGCUCCGGACCGCUAUUCUCCGCUCCGCCGCCGCGGCAACACGGGUCGCCGUUCGCCCGGUUCCCCAAAUCGCGAGCAGGGUGACCAUCGCCCCGGUUAUGCGAACCACAUCAUUUGCGCCCAAGGCGGUCGCCUGGCAAGGAAUCCGGUGCUACGCCGCCGGCGGCUCCCUCGACAAGGAGGAGGUCUACGAGCGUAUCAGGCAAUUGUUGGCCGCAUUUGACAAGGUCAACGAUCCCAAGAACAUUAAAGAAACCGCUCACUUUUCCAAUGACCUGGGGCUGGAUAGCUUAGAUACGGUGGAGGUUGUUAUGGCCAUCGAGGAGGAGUUUAGCAUCGAAAUUCCUGACAAGGACGCCGACAACAUUCACAGCAUUGACAAAGCUGUCGAGUACAUCCUCAGCCAGCCAGACGCAUACUAG